AUGGCGGCGGCGAGGUUUUCUCCAGCGGCCUCCCCCUCCCCAUCCGCCCCGUACCCCCUCCUUCGUUCCCACUUCCCGGCCGCCCUCAACCCUCGUCCUUCGCCGCCAGGUCGUCCGCGGUCCCUCGGCCAGAUCAUCCCUGCGCUCGCCUCUGGCCGCUGCGACCAUCGGCCCGACGCUCGGCUUCCCAGGUGGUGCCCCCUCGGUGUCUUCACCUUCUUCGUUGUGCUGUGGCCCGCCGGCGUCUUCUUCGCUAUGCGCUGCGGAGGCACUGAGGCUGGUGCUUCCUCUUUGCUAUUUGGUGCUGUUGCUGUUCUGGGCUCUCUCUACUUGGUCGCUGACCUGUCGCCCGUGGUUUGUGGUUCGUGCCUUUGGCACUUCUCAUUGUAG